GACAACCCUGACAACCCUGACAACGACGAAUCGAGCAGUGAAGAUGACCGGCCCAUACAGAAGCCAAGAGCAAGUUUAUUCUCGGGUUUCGCUGCUCUUGGAGAUGAAGGUAAAGAUGAACAGGGUAGCGAAGAUGGCCAGGAUGAGAAAGAAACUGAGCCAGAAAACGUUGCUGUGAAGCCUAUCGCCGAAUCUGACAUAGCCGAUACUCCCAAGACCUCACCAAAGAAGAAUAAAAAGAAGAAGAAGAAGGCGAAGAAGCAGCAGGCAACCACUCCGCAAGUUAUCACCAAAAGCGGUCCGGAUGAAAUCGAGCAAGUACUCCGAGAACUGGAGGUUUCCAAAAAGUCCAAAGAAAAAGUAGAUACUGAAAGCCGCUCAACCAGGCCCUACGACCGAAUAUGCGAGCUCUUGAGUAUCAACAAUUACCAUCUUAGGGUCCUUAAUGAGAUGCGCAAUCUCUUCGGACGAGAUGCUAUCGCUGCCGCCCAGCAAGAGGAGGAGCAAGAACAGCCGCGGCCUAGGCGACCACAACAGUUCUUGCAGCAGGAAAUGGACCUGGAAACCUUUCUCAAGGGCCACCCUGGCAAGAGCUUGCCGGAGGGUACUAGGCGCCGAAACCCAUUCUUAGCUGGGAAGGAUACGUGGCCACUGGCUUCUACGGAGGGGUUAACCAUGAAUCAACUCAAGGAAGAAGAGGGAUCAGAUGGCAAGUCUGGAAUUCAAGAGUUCCGUUUCGCGCAUGAUGCAGUAUACAACAAACUUGAAGUUAAAUUCUUUGAGCUUGUCCAGAUGUACGACCCGAUGUUACUGGUGCAUUUUCUACAAAAGCAUCCGUACCACAUCUCCAGCCUCAUCCAAGUUAGCAGAAUCGCAAAACAAGACCAGAACUCAGCGCUAUCUGCCGACCUAUGCGAACGAGCCCUCUUCACCUUCGGUCGCGUAUCGCUAUCGGCUUUUCGACAGAAAAUAGAACAAGGGAAGGCGAGGCUUUCUUUCAACAGACCGGAGAAUCGUCAGUUUUUCCUAGCUGGAUACCAUUAUCUCAAGAAUUUGGUUAUGAAGGGUACCUACAGAACCGCACUGGAAUGGGCUAAGCUAUUACUGAGCCUGGACCAGGCUGACCCUUACGGGAUUGUCAACUUCAUCCACCCGCUCGCUAUUCGGGCGUAUGAGUCAGACUGGUUUGUUGAUUUCUGCGACUCGGCGAUCUUGGAUAAAUCUCCAUCCCAAGGUGGCCCAGAGUAUAUCAAGCAAACGCUCGUUUUAGCUAGGCUUCAACUGAAGGAUAAAGAUGGCGCCAAGGCCUUGCUGAUCAAGGGCAUGAGAAGUUUGCCUUGGCUUUAUGGCCAUCUCUUCAUGUCACUCAACUUGGACGUACCUAGGUCUAUAUGGGGCAUGCAGCCUCGGACCGAAGGCGAGGAACUUCACACCAAGGUCUACGUUCACCAGACGAGAGGACUAUGGGAUAAUGCGCAAGCUAUAUCCAUCUUAAAAAAGGCAGCGGUUGAAACGAAGAGAGCAGACGUCGAUGCUACAUUCUUGGCUCCUCCUCUUGCUACGGUCAACCUCGCACGAUUUGUGUACUUACUGGAGAUUCCCUCGUUAAUAGGGGCAGUACCACGCGAACUGCUAAACACAUCAGUCAAUUGGGAAUUUGAUCCACUCCCGCCUGCUCGCGACGAUAACGUUUUCUCGUACGAUUCGCAGCAGCUUCCUUGGGGCCCCCCACAUUCUCCCGAACCUAGUGUCGGUGGGAGGUUUCAAGGCGAUCGUCGCGAGCUACGACGUAUAUUGGACCAUGCGCGGCUAGCCGGGGCGCCAAUCCAAGUCCAAGAAGACCUCGAGCAAGUGUUGCAGGAGGCACUUGACGAACAAGAAAGACGUGAAACAGUGGAAGAGGCAUUUGCCCACCAAUAUGAGGAAGAUGCGUUUGGUUUCGCCGACGGAGUUGACCACGAGUUAGCGGAACCACACGGGCUCAACGGCGUGGCCGGAGCCUUCCAAGCUUUCAUGGAAUUGUUUGACCCGCGUCACAUGGCCCGUGAUGCAUCUGCUCUCGACGCACCUAUGGCUGGCAUGCCUGGGGCAUGGCGUGAUGAAGAUGAAGCGUCAGGCACAGGUGACGAGUUACCCCCAUCGAUACAUGAGGGAGGCACUGCAGAUGAUGAUGAGUCAAACGAUGAUAUACACUCGUGAACAUCUUAAAGAGAAGCAGACAACAUGAAUGCAUCGUACGACGAAAUACUGCCUGGAAAUGGUUGGAAUGAGUGGUGAUGGGAUAGAUAGUAGAGUUGUUAGGUUUGGUAGCAGAGGGCGAGCUAGUUUGUAAUUCGCGAAAGAUUAAUGGCUAAGCAGGUAGAUGCUACUACUGUAAAAUUACUUUGUAAGGCUGCAUUGGUCACGACAGUUCCUGCAGUAAGUUGCGCAAGGACAGGGAAUAUGUAGAUCAUGAAGCAAUUAUUUCCCGAUACAAGUUCGAUACGAUUGGAUGCGACCUUGGAUGCGGCCCUGAUUAUCAUCUUCCAACAAUGGCACAAGUCGUAUUCCAAAUAUACCAGACUGAGCUAACCGACAAUGUACUAAUUAAUACAUAGGUGUGUAUUAGAUACAAUUGAAGUAAUGAGCAAGUUUGGGUGAAUUCAAAAUGGUGAUGGUUAAGGCAAGUUUC